AUGCCUCGCGGAGUAGGCUCCAGUAAGCGAACGUCAGGGGCCGGUCAGCGCGACACUAGGCAUGAGAAUGGGCUUGUCGGUCCAGCAACUGCGAAGCGAGCCGUCGGAAACAAGAACUCCGGGCAGUAUGAGGGCGCUGGGAGGUCUGGGACUGAGAAUGUCCCGGGCCAAGCAGGUCUGCCCUCACCCAAUGCCCACAACAACGGUUCCGCUUACCAGCACCAAUUAAAUGGGAAUGGCAACACCAAGGGUUCUUCGAGAAACGGCAAUGCCAAUGGCGACGCUAACUCCAUGGGCAAUCAAUUGAGCACCAGGCGGACCUCGCUUGGGACCAGUUCGGACGAGACAUCAUCUGAGUCUGGCGGCUCCAACAUGGGUAACCACAACGGUGGUGCCAUGGACGGCCUUCACCGUCAGAUUGAUGUUAAUGCCACCAAGAAUGUCGACGUCCAUCGUGACUCCGGCCCUCUUGAGCUUGUCACUACCGUCCUGAAGACAUUGCCAAUUCACGACACCCUAGCUAUUCUCAUUAUCCUCAUGCACGUCCCCUCCGUGUCCCUGACGUUCAUCUACGCAAUAUUCACCUUCCUCACCUUUGUUCCCCCCGUCACCACCAGCUCUGGAAUGAAUAUCAACUUUGCCGAGAUCUUCGACGGCAACUCGACCACCCCCUCGCCUGUCACUGUCAUGUGCAUGGAUUUAUUCUUUCUUCUCUUCUGGCUCUUUCUUUGGCAGCCCUUGCAGGACAUCCUUCUGGACUUUGCUAAGCCGAUUAUCGCCAUCACGCUUGGCGGUGGCAGUGGAGCAAGGGAUGGCUCUUCUAGAGGUCUCACUACUUGCUUCAUCUGGGUCGUGUUCCACCAUGUGCUUCGAGGCACACGCCUGCAUUGGACACGGUUUGUGCGCCACAUACCCGAGAACUGGCCUAUUCCUUCCACCCUGCAGGACACAUUCAAUUUUCCCACCGAGAGUUAUGAUAUGAGAUCGGGCGUUGGGUGGGUGAAAAGUGUUUUAGCUGUGCAUAUAUUAACCCAGGGGAUUGUACGAUAUGUCAAAGAGUGGUAUCUCAGGCGUGAGAAGGUGGGAGCGCAAGCCAACAUGAGUGAUCCAGAAGCCGGAAAAUCCGCCGGCGGCACGACCGAUCUGUCGACCGAUGCUGGAUUCUCGACAACCGACGCUGAAGCAGGUAUUCAGCAUGCGCCCCCACCGCCGCCUACUACCAUGAGCAAAAAGAGAAGAAAACAAAGUACACAAAUACGCCUACAACAACCGCUCUGGGCUGCUUUAGCGAGCACCAAGAUUGUGGUAAUGAAGGAGUACGAAUUGUCGCAUGCAACUAGCGAGCAGGCUGGCUCGAACGCGACCGAUGUUCACAACCUCGGAAACGCACCGUUCGAGAAGGAGCCAUGCCACAUUUGGAUUUCAUAUGUAGGCAGCGACGAGGUUUGCUUUAACACUAGCCACUUUGAGGACGACGAUGAAGACGACGAGCAGAAGAGUUGCCAAGGAGAGAACGGAGAAUUUGUCUCGAGCCAGGCCAGACACCCGCAGAGGCCUCUGUAUGUCCGUGUCAACAACGCUUUCUGGCAGCCGACCCGCAUGUUCCCACUCGAGAAGCAAUCAGAGGACCAAGUGGGCACCCAAUGGACUGGCGACAUUUAUGGUCUCCGACCUGCCUCCAAGUAUGUCUGUGAGUUUGUCGAUCGCCGUACCGAUGAGGUUCUUUUCAAGACCACCAUUCGUACCGUUCACGAGCCGCAAAAAGAGACAGACAGUGGAGCACCUAGCGCAGUCAAUGGACAACCUUCUCUUCGUCCUGAUUCGCCUGCCACAACUCUGAAAACGUCUAUCCAAGCUGCCGAAUCUAGACUUUUUGACGAGAAAAAUCGCCUCAAGGCAUCCCGCAAGGAAUGGAAGAGCCGAACCAAUGCUCUGAAGAAGGAGAUCGAGUUGACUGAUCAUCAGCUUGCAACAGCUGGUAACAGCGACGAGAAGUUCCGACAGAAGGUUCGCCAACAAGAGACGCAGAAAUCGCAGGCUGAGAGAGACACCGAGACCGUCGCCGAACAGCUGAAGAAUUUUGACACCGCCCCCGAACUAUCCGACCGUCGAAAGAAGCUUGAUCGCCAAUACGGUGGUGAGAAAUCCAUGUACGACGUUGCCAAGAAAGAGUACGAGGAGUUCAAGUCCAAGCUUGAGAAGGAGGUCAAGAGCACGGGUCUGGAAAAGUCCAACCUGGUCAGCAAGGUCAACAAGAUUAGGACAAGAAUCAACCGGGUGGAGACGGAGCUCAACAACAUCUCGGACGCCAAUGCCCGUGGGCUGGACGAGGUCCAACGCCGUCACCAAGAGCGCCUUCACUGGGAAGAGAACACGAAUGCCAUCGAGGCUAAUUACCAAGAGAGGCUAAAUCAUAUUCAAGCGUCCAACGUGAUCAAGGUUGAGCAGAUCCGAGCCCUCGAAGCGCAGUUGGCAAGCUUUCUCGACCCGCAUGGUGCAAUGGCUCUUGACCCCAAUGGCGGAAUGGGAGUCGAUUUGGAUACCUACGAUGAGCAUUACCAGCAGCAGCAUCUUCAACCCUGGAACCCAAACCCAGCUGCUGUCCCACAUGUCCCAAAUAUGUGGAUGUCGUCUUCUGAAUUGAUGCCCUCUGUUUCUGUCACCUCUGGUGGUGCCUCAGGCUGGCAGCCUGCGAUGGCUCCCGCUUUCGAACCAUCCAAAGGUUUCAAGUCUCGUGGUCGUAGCUCUAGUAUGCUCAGCGAUAUCAGCGGCUUCACCCAGUCUACCAAUGAGGAGGACUCGCCACCAGCUCACAGCCUGUCUUACGGUUGGAAUGCCAAUACAUUCACACCUGUUAGAAACACAGGGUAUGGGCGGCAUGACGAGAACAACAGCGGCGGUAGUGGGAAUGGUAGCGUUUCUGCGAGUCCCAGCCCUUGA